CCAGUUGCAAUACAGGCAGGACCUCGUUUCCCCCACAACACUGCGCCACCACGUACCAGGUGGUCAAACUCCUGAAUCACUGAACCCACUUCAUCUAUAUUUAACGGCUAUAUUUAUUCCCGCCCUCUGCACCGGUCUAUAACUAGAAGUAAAUAUAAAUACCCUUCCAUAAGUAGACGAACAGAGAGCUACCCCAAUCCAGAUUCUCCCAGUCCUUCCAAACUCAAAAAAAUCAAUCCAACCCCCAAAAAAACCCCUCUCUCUCCUCUCCUCUCUCUCCUCUAUCUUCCCCAUCCAUUCAUCCCCAAGAUCAAGAAAACCAUGACCAAGACCCUCCGUAGAUUCCUCCUCCCCUGUUUCACCACCACCACCUCCUCCUCCUCCACCACCACCACCCCCGUCAAGAAACGCCUAAGCACCUCGCUUCGCGACGACAUCGAAGACCCGCCGAGAAAAACCCAAGAAAACAUCGACCAAACCCAAUCCGAAGACGACGAGAACGACGGCGCUUACUCCCCCUCCGCCGCCGCCAUCGCCGCAGCGGCGCCGCCGCGAGCGUCCAAGACGAUGGUGAUCGGCACCAUCUUCGGCCACCGCCGCGGCCACGUCUGGUUCUGCGUCCAGCACGACCGGCUCAGCACCCGACCCGCUUUACUGCUCGAACUCCCAAUACCCACCCACUUACUGGUUAAAGAAAUGCGUUGCGGGUUGGUCCGAAUAGCGCUUGAAACCCUAACCCGCCCCGGAUCAGAACUGGUUUCUUGCCCGCUUAGGUCCGUGCCCGUCUGGACUAUGCUGUGUAAUGGAAGGAAACUCGGGUUUGCGGGCCGGAGGAAGGCGACCGAAUCGACCCGGCUCAUGCUGAAGACCAUGCAGUCGAUUACGGUCGGGGCGGGGGUUUUGCCAGCCGGGUUCGGGUUUGGAUCCGGGUCGGAGGCUGAUGGGGAGCUUAUGUACAUGAGGGCUAAUUAUGAAUGUGUGGUGGGUGGUCCGGAUUCGGAGUCUUUUCAUCUCAUUAACCCGGAUGAGUGCCCGGGUCAAGAACUCAGCAUCUUCUUGAUGAGGUCUAGGUGAUGGGAUUUCGGAUUGGUCAGAGGGGCAGUUUGGGGAAGAAAUCUUGUUUAUGGGAUGCAAUGGGAUAGGAGAAAAAUGGGUUGUCUUUGGGGUUUGGUGGAAGCAGAAAAUUUGGGGUUUUCUGUUUUCCAAGAUUCUUCCUUUGCCAGAGCUUGAAAACUAAAGAGUUUUCUAGCCAUUGUAUUAUGAAUCUUGGAUGGAAUUUUGAGUUUGUUUGAAGGGCAGUAUUGGGAGAAUCAACAUUUAACUUAUUUGGAGUUUGGUACGUACAUGGAAGAAGUUCAGAGGUCUUCAAUGGUGGAUGGGUUUAGGGAGAUGAGGUUUCAAUGGUAAUUUCAUUAGAAUUUACUUUAGUCCUUCCUCUUGUUUCAUUGAGGAUUUUCCUGUUUUUUGGUUUAGCACAGACAGAUUGUUGUAUUUGGUAGGCAGUAAAAAAUCAGUAUUACCAUUGAAAUUUCCAUACUUUUUUAGCUUUGCAUUUUCUGUUUUCGUUUAUUUGUUCCAUUGAAUCAGAUUAUCUUGGGUUCUAGUGUUC